GUGGGUUCGCGAAGAUGGUGGAAGUUUCUUGUUCCGUGAAGUGAAACCCGGACUGAAACCCGGACUGAAACCACAACAAGCCUCGCACCUUCAGCGGCGCCGGCUCGGUUGUACAGCCUCUCCCGGGACCAGGGAGCCAUCCCUCAAGACAGUGUCUCCUAUUCAAGGCCUUCAUCCCAGCCCUAUGUCAUGGCCAGUGGCGUCACCAAGUCGGGCACUUCCAAUGGUUACCCUAUGAAGGCACAGCUGCAAAUCAUUGUGCUAUCAGCAAAACUCAAAGAGAACAAGAAAAACUGGUUUGGCCCCAGUCCUUACGUGGAAGUGACAGUCGAAGGCCAGUCCAAAAAAACUGAGAAAUGCAACAACACCCACAGCCCCAAAUGGAAGCAGCCGCUCACUGUGAUUGUGACUCCAUUCAGCAAACUGUCGUUUCGCGUGUGGAGCCACCAGACCCUAAAGUCAGACGUGUUGCUGGGCUUUGCCACGCUGGAGAUCAGUGAAACGCUCAAAGCUAAUGACAUGAAAAUCUCUGAGGUGGUGCAGACCUUACAGCUGUGUACAGACAGAGAACAGACGGAUCCUGUGGGAGAUCUGUCUGUCUGCCUCGACGGCAUGACCGUUGACCCCGAGAUGUUCGCCCUGUCCGAGGCUGACCAGCACAGUACAUCAAAUGGGGAAUCACAACCUAACGGGGAUCCUGUCCAAAGGCCGAGUCGAGACAGCUCUCCAGCUCUGGAUGGCGUAGAGCACCGUUCCUCUCCCAGUUCUCGGAGGUCAGUGAGUGCCUCCGGGUCUCCCCUGGUGUCAUCAGGGGGCUCAAAGCCUCUACGACCACCCAGGCCCUCUAGACCUCCUCCUCCGACUCCCCGCAGACCCACCUCUUCACCAGCGUCUUCCAGCAACGGCUCAGCACCACCUGAUGGUAGUGAUGCUCAGUCAGGUUCAGACACACCAGUACGAACACCUGCAUCAGGACCCUCAUUGACCCCAGAAUCCAGUCCAUCGGCAGGCUCAGACAGGAACUCCACGCCCGCCUCCAGUGCAGGAGCGACAGCACCCAGACCGCCAACCACCAACCCAGUGGUCACACCCAGGGUCCCUGCUGUCAACACCGGCCCACUGCCCCUGGGGUGGGAACAGAGGGUGGAUCCGAAUGGGAGGAUGUAUUUUGUCGAUCAUGUGGAAAAGAGAACGACGUGGGAACGCCCUGAACCAUUGGCUUCUGGCUGGGAGCGCCGUGUCGACCAGAUGGGGCGAGUCUACUUUGUCGACCACAUCACACGAACCACCACGUGGCAGCGCCCCACAAUGGAGACGGUGCGGAACUACGAGCAGUGGCAGCACCAGCGCAGCCAGCUGCAGGGGGCCAUGCAGCAGUUCAACCAGAGGUUCAUCUUCGGGCAACAAGACCAGGUCACAGCCACUCAGAACAAGGAGUUUGAUCCUCUUGGGCCUCUGCCGCAUGGAUGGGAGAAGAGAACAGACUCCACUGGCAGAGUUUAUUUUGUACAUCACCCCACACGCUCAACACAGUGGGAGGACCCACUUACACAGGGGUUGCUCAAUGAGAAGCCCCUUCCAGAGGGAUGGGAGAUGAGGUUCACAGUCGAUGGAAUUCCCUACUUCGUAGACCACAACAGGAGAAGCACCACCUACAUCGACCCUCGCACUGGAAAGUCCUCACUUGAAAAUGGACCUCAGAUCACAUACGUGCGUGACUUCAAGGCCAAAGUGCAGUACUUCAGAUUCUGGUGCCAGCAACUGUCAAUGCCUCAACACGUCAAGAUAAACGUAACCAGAAAAACCCUCUUCGAGGACUCCUUCCAGCAGAUAAUGAGUUUCAACGCUCAGGAUCUACGAAGGAGACUAUGGAUCAUCUUCCCUGGUGAAGAGGGCCUUGAUUAUGGAGGCGUUGCCAGGGAGUGGUUCUUCCUGUUGUCCCACGAGGUCUUGAACCCCAUGUACUGCCUGUUUGAAUACGCCGGUAAAGACAACUACUCUCUCCAGAUCAACCCCGCCUCCUACAUCAACCCUGACCACCUCAAGUAUUUCAAGUUCAUCGGACGCUUCAUCGCCAUGGCUCUUUUCCAUGGCAAGUUCAUCGACACUGGUUUCUCGCUGCCAUUUUACAAGCGCAUCCUAAACAAGCCAUUGGCCCUGAAGGACCUGGAGUCAGUAGACCCUGAGUUUUACAACUCCCUCAUUUGGAUCAAGGACAAUGACAUUGAGGAGUGCGGGCUGGAGAUGUUCUUCUCUGUUGACAAGGAGAUCCUGGGAGAAAUCACCACCCAUGACCUGAAAGAAGGAGGUGGAGACAUGCAGGUCACAGAGGAGAACAAGGAGGAGUACAUCAGGCUGGUAGCAGAGUGGAGGCUGUCCAGAGGAGUGGAGGAGCAGACACAGGCCUUUUUUGAAGGCUUCAAUGAGGUCCUCCCUCAGCAGUACCUGCAGUACUUUGAUGCUAAAGAGUUGGAGGUGAUGCUGUGUGGCAUGCAGGAGAUCGACCUCGCAGACUGGCAACGAAACACCAUCUACAGACAUUACGCUCGCAGUAGCAAACAGAUCGUCUGGUUCUGGCAGUUUAUCAAGGAGAUGGACAAUGAGAAGAGAAUGAGGCUGCUGCAGUUCGUCACCGGUACCUGUCGCCUGCCUGUAGGAGGCUACGCUGACCUUAUGGGAAGCAAUGGUCCUCAGAAGUUCUGUAUUGAGAAGGUGGGAAAAGAAAACUGGCUUCCCAGAAGUCACACGUGCUUUAACAGACUGGACCUGCCGCCCUACAAGAGCUACGAGCAACUAAAGGAGAAGCUGAUGUUCGCCAUCGAGGAGACCGAGGGCUUCGGACAGGAGUGAGAGAACCUGGGGGGGGUUUUAGGAGUGGGUGCAGGAGUCUGAAGGAAUAAACGCCACCAGUGUUCAAAUCAGGGAGUCUCUUCCGAGUCGGGGAAGGUUUGUUGUAUGUGUUUAUGCUCAGGCAUGCAUGCACCUGUACACUACUUGUGCAGGUGCAUCAGCAAGACUGCAUGCAGGACCACAGCAGGGUUUGGGAAGUGGCUGUCGACCGUUCACACCACGUUCAUAGCAGAUGUGAAAGUGUUCUAUGUCUUCUAAACCAAAACACGGAAGCUGCUCCCGUCUCUCUGAAUGUGUGGCAGUUUAUGCAUGGGAUCCUGAAAACCCGACCUCUGCGACACCUGUCCGAUGGGACCGCAGUAGUUUCCCCUUCCACACACGUGAUCAUGUAACGGCAUGCAGUCAAGUUCUCAGAACUCAUAAGCAGCAACCUGAUUUUUCUUCUUUUAAAGUAGCUUGGCUUAAAGACGAAUUUUAAGCUCAAUUGUGAGGGUGCACUUCUUUUAAAACUGGAUUACGUUUCACCAAAAAGUUAAUUCUGUUGCUCUGCGAUUGUUUGGAUUUUUCCUUCAUGAAUGACAUUUCUCUUCGACCCCUUUAAUCUCUCACAGUUUUAUUUGUAUGUCUCAUGAUUGAAGUGGGUCAUGAUUUUAUCAGAAGAGUGCUCCAAAUUAACACUUAGAUAACAACGUUCAUGCUUCAGAAAUUAUGAGUAAGAACAGAAACAGAUUUGUGUUCCUGCUUCUACAGUGUUGUAUCAGUGAAUGACUUGAUUGUGAAAAGUGUUGUAACCUCCAUUAUUUCGAGUGGUGGAAGACUUGAGAAGAACUUAAACUGACCCUAGUUUUAUAGGGCCAGAGGCUGGACCGGACGAGACGUCCUAGAUUAGAGCGCUCUGGGAGAAUCUUCUUGAUUAUUCAUCUUGAUAUCAGCUGCAGAUAUUUGACACCAUCCUUCUGUUGUGUCCUUGUGAACCAACCAGGAUGAAGAAAGUAUUUUUAGACACAUUGUGAGUUCAAGAUCAGAACAUUAAAGCUUUCAUAACACCAAAUUCAGGUCAAACCAAAUCAAAUUAAUAUUUUGAUUCAUGCUUUACGAGCAGAAACUUCAUGUGGCUCUUCACACACGUGUAGCAUUUGAAGGUUAGUGAUGGAGAUGUCUGCUUAUUUUAACUGUUUGUCUCAUAUCAAACCACAAAAUUAACUGGAGCAAUAAAUGGUAUUUUAAAACCA